AUGAUAAUCAAAGCUGAUUAUGUUAUCACUUGUUUUGGAUCUUCUUUGCGGGACAAAGAUGUAAUCGCAGCAAUGUCCCCCGUAAAGAUAAGCAAGAGUGGUUUUGUCGAGGUUAACAAAACUAAUCAGACAACGAAUGUUCCAUGGGUAUUUGCUGGUGGUGAUAUCGCCGGAGUGGCCGAGACGUGUGUUGAAGCUGUGAAUGACGGAAAGGUAGCAGCUUGGUCUAUUCACAAGUACAUCCAAUCCCUGCAUGGAAAUAAUGUUGGAGACAAACCGAAAUUACCUAUGUUUUACACACCCAUAGACGAGGUUGACAUCUCAGUGGAAAUGUGCGGUGUAGAGUUUGAAAAUCCAUUUGGAUUGGCUUCUGCUCCACCGGCGACCUCAGCAGCAAUGUGCCGAAGAGCCUUCGAGGCAGGCUGGGGAUUCGUGGUCACCAAGUCAUUCGUUACUGAUAAGGAUUUAGUCACGAACGUUUCUCCUAGAAUUGUUCGAGGAUCUACUUCAGGACCACGUUAUGGACCGAAUCAGGGAUCCUUCAUGAAUAUCGAGCUCAUCUCAGAAAAAUCAACUGCAUAUUGGAUUCAAUGUAUCAAAGAACUAAAACGUGACUUCCCAUCGAAGAGAGUCAUAGCUUCUAUCAUGUGCUCGUGCAACAAGGAAGAUUGGCAAUCUCUUGCCAAACAGAGCGAGGAGGCAGGCGCAGAUAUGAUCGAGCUGAACCUGUCAUGCCCCCAUGGAAUGGGUGAAAAAGGAAUGGGUCUUGCCUGCGGUCAAGAUCCAAAGAUUGUCAAGACUAUAUGCUCAUGGGUUAGGCAAGCAGUAGAGAUCCCUUUCUUUGCCAAAAUGACGCCUAACAUCACUGAUAUCUGCGCCAUAGCUUCUGCAGCUAAAGAAGGCGGUGCAGAUGGAGUCACUGCAACGAAUACCGUAGCCAGUCUGAUGCACAUGAAAGCAGAUGCUACUGCAUGGCCAGCAGUUGGCAGAGAAAAGAGGACAACAUAUGGCGGCAUGUCCGGAUCGGCAAUUCGUCCCAUAGCUCUCAGAGCAGUUUCAGCUAUAUCAAGACGAUUGAAAGGAUACCCGAUUAUGGGUAGUGGAGGUGUAGAAAGCGCUGAAACCGCGCUGGCUUUCCUUUACGCAGGAGCUUCACUUUUGCAAGUUGCAUCUGCUAUACAAAACCAGGACUGCACAGUUGUGGAAGAUUACUGUACUGGCCUACGAGCACUCCUCUAUCUCAAAGCAUCCGAACUCGACGAUUGGGAUGGUCAAAGUCCUCCUAUUAGAAAACAUCAGAAGGGAAAACCUAUUUUGGUGGAGAAUGCGGGGAUACCCAACUUUGGAAACUACCGUAAGCAGCGAGAAAAAUUGGAGCAGCACAUACUUACUAGAGGCCCUGUAUCGAUGCUUGGGAAAAUGACAACUCGUCCAGAUUUGGCAGACGUUAUCGGUGAAGCUCUUCCACGAAUUGGUCCUUAUGUCACCUUGGAUAAUAAACAACAAAAAGUGGCGAUUAUCGAUGAUGACAUGUGCAUCAAUUGCGGUAAAUGCUAUAUGACAUGUGCUGACUCUGGAUAUCAAGCAAUUUCUUUUAACGCAAACACUCAUCAACCAAAAGUCAACGAAGACAACUGUACUGGAUGCGGACUUUGCUACAGUGUCUGCCCGAUACCAGAAUGUAUACAAAUGAUCCCAAGGAAAGGAGCAUGGAAAGCACCAAAACGUGGUGUGACACCGAAAUUUGAGCCUGGCACACCGAAAGUCGUGCCAGUCGACGAAGAGGGAAAUAUCAUCGUUACCAAAUAA